AUGCAUAGGUACAGCGCAGUGAAACAAGCUCAAAAAUCUCAACCGCAGCGUGUGCUGGCUGCCCGGGGGUUCUCGGCUACCCGAUGGGCCGGAAAUGGCCCGAAGUCACCGCUGCAGGUGUUCCGGGAGACAUUCAAGGAGGAGUGGAAGAAGUCGCAGGAGCUGCAGGACAACAUCAAGGCGCUGCAGGACGCAGGUGGCCGACUGGGCGAAUCCGACGCAUACAAAAAGGCGCGUGAGGCCUACCUCAAGGCGCAGAAGGGCUCGACCAUCGUGGGCAAAACGCUGAAGCGGACCGGCGAGACGCUGGAGCACAUCACGGUGCAGGCAUGGGAGUCGGAGAUCGGCAAAACCACACGGAAGACGGUUAGCAAGACCGCGCAGAAGCUGGACGAGAGCUUCGAGCCCGUCCGGCAGACGAAGGUGUACAAGGACAUGAGCGAGAUCAUCGACGAUGGCGAGUCCUCGAGGUAUGGAGGGUUCAUGGAGAAGGAGCGGCGGCGCGAGAAGCGCGAGCGCGACCUGGCCACCGGCAAGCGCGCGACGCCCGUGCGCAGCAACGAGGAGGCCGGCUCGGCGCUCGUGGCCACAGACAAGGAGGCCUCGGAGUCUCUCGGCAAGAAGAUCCAGGACUUCAAGGAGAAGACGGUCGUUGGCCGCAAGCUGCAUGAGAUAAAGGUGCGCCUGUGGGACGAGAACGAGAACCCGCUGAUCGGCCUGCUGCGCACGAUCAGCAACAAGGUCGGAGGCCUGUUCGCAGAGACGGAGUCCGCGCGCGUGUUUGCGCAGUUCAAGCUGCUCGACCCCACCUUCAACACCGAGGAGUUCACAAAGCAUCUGCGCGAGUAUAUCAUUCCCGAGGUAUUGGAGGCGUAUGUGAAAGGUGACGAGCAGGUCUUGAAGCAGUGGUUCAGCGAGGCCCCAUACAACGUCUACUCCGCGCAGCAGAAGCAGAUCCGCCAGCAGGAGCUCUUCGCCGACGGCCGCAUCCUCGACAUCCGCGGCGUCGAGAUCAUCAGCGCCAAGCUCCUCCCCCCCCAGGACGUGCCCGCAAUUGUCGUUGGCUGCCGCGCCCAGGAGAUCCACCUGUUCCGCAAGGCCACCACCGGCGAGAUCGCCGCAGGCCACGAGUCCAACAUCAUGCUCAGCUCCUACGCCAUGGUCUUGACGCGCGACCCGGAAAAAGUCGACGACAAAGAGACCGAGGGCUGGAAGAUCCUCGAGUUUGUGCGCGGCGGCUCCCGCUCAUUUACCUAA